AUGGCCGAAACGGCAAAGGCCAGAUCCACAGCAGCAUCUGCAUUCUUGGCAUUAGAUGAAGAAAAUCUCAAUAAUCAGUAUGACCAGCUCCAUGAGAGCUUCCAGAAUGCUCUGUCUGUGUCUGCUUUACAGGACUUGAUCCACCAGAUCGACUCAGAAACAGCCGACAUUGACUCAGAUUUACAAAGGCUAGUGACUGUUGGAUCGAAAAAACAUACAGCCGAGAUCUCGCUGUUGGAACUUUCCAGAGCAAAGCUCUCGGGAGCUAUAUCCAACUCCAACGACUUGACCAAGGUGUUUACAUCAGCAAACGAUUUAGGCCACCUGCUCACGUCUAAGAUAAAAGCCUUAGAUCAGGAGAUUUCCAAUGUGGAUGCUACCUUGCUGUUUGUGGCAGACGUCCAACUGUUGAAGAACAACAUCAACCAAACGCAGUAUGCUAUAGAAAAGGGAAACUGGGAGUUGGCAGCCAAUUGCAUCCAUGUGAUCAACCACAAGCUCAGUCCCAACUUGGUGAAUGGUAGAUUCGCCCUGGUGAUGAUCCCGCUGUCGGAUAUACCCGAGCUUCCGGCUCCUACAAUCAAAAAAUGGAUAGAGCAGUUGACCAUAGAGUUCCAGACACGGUUCAACGAGGCUGCCAAGGCGAGAUCCGUGCCGGAGAUCACGAAAUACUUCCAGCUUUUCCCUCUAAUAGACCAGGAGGAGGUCGGGCUCCAGUGCUACUCGAAGUUCAUUUGUUCUAUUAUCACAGACACUUCAAGAACCUUGAUCAACUCGGCCACUCAGGGCGAGUCCAGGCUGGGCAUUUACGCAUCUGUGACUAGCAAUCUCUUUGAGAGCAUUCUGACCAUGCUCUCGCAGCACACGCCGUUGAUCAACAAAUACUACGGCACGUCAUACCCUGAUGCUGUGGUUUUUGUGGUUACCAGGAUCCAAAGGGAGAUUGACUCACAAAUUGGCCUUAUUGCUGAUACAUUUUACGACAACAACAGAGUCGAAAAGAAGCUCCACGAUAUCAAGCUUCAUAAGUUCACUGAGCUCACACGCCGCUUUUCGGACCACUAUCAGCAGAAUGAUCCUGAGGAGAACGAGGUGUUUGAUCACGACAUUGUGCCUCUCGUUGAGAUCGGCGACUUGACACAUGAACUAUCAAGCAUCCUCCAUCACUGGUCGUUGUACUGCAAAUUUGUGGCCGUCAAGUACUUCUCCAAAGGUGAAGAGGACCUCAAGCUUCCGACUUUGCUUAGUAACUCCAACUUCAUGAAGAAGAUCCACAACAAGCUCCUACCAGCAUUCGAGGCACUUUUCACGUAUUAUUUCCGUCGUUCUUUUGAAAAAGCCGUCACCAUCGAAGAGGUGCCAUCGCUUGAUUCAUACUUGACCACUACCGCUGAUUCCAAGUCUCCCGAGCAGCCGGCUGUUUCCUCGGUUGUCGAGGAUCUAAGUUUGAUUUUCAACAACUCGUUGAGAAACGUGUUGGAGUCCACCCAGCCUACAACGGUGAAACACUUCGUGGCCGAAUGCGCCAAGGUUCUCCAAAACGACUUCUUGGGAGGCUUCAUCCGCAAGGCUCUUCAGGAGAACCUGCCUCGCUACAACAAAACGCUUGCUCUACUUGCAGCUCAAGGAGCUGUGCCAAGUGGAACAGGUAGCCCUUCUGCAUCUAGAGCAGGCACUCCAGCACCAGAAUCCGUGAGUGGCUACCUUAAAGGUGCAUCUUCUGCAUUUGGAAACAUCGUCGGCACAGGAAGCUCUAUGGUAGGAGCCAGCGCUGUCGCGGCAGCUCACAAUGAGCCCAAACUCACAAACUACGUCAUUUAUCUCAACACAGUUGCCACAGCCCAGGAGUUCUUCCGCCAGAUUAUCGUGAACCUCACUGUCAGAGACAAGCAUUCCCUCAAGGGCAACUUUCCAUUUGCAAUUGACGAGGAGAAAAUUAGAAACAUUAUCCAGGCCGAGUUAUUGGAACCUCUCGUUUCCAGCACAAACAAUGUUGUUAGACAUUCGUUGCUCAACUUCUACAAUCAAUCUUUGAAAAAUAAGGUUGCCACUAUCGUUCACGAAACCUUCCCGGAAACAAGCGACACUCACUACAUGGCAUACUCUUCAUCCAUUCUAAAUGACCCUUCGAACAUGCUCAGGUUCAAGCAGUCUUGGGAUGCCAUGAUCAGACCAUACAAGCAAACGAUGCACAAGACCUUAGUGUUCUACAAGUUGCUCCGACUCCUUGUAGUGAACCUCGCCAGCAUGAUCGAAAAGAAGUUGAUGCUGGCGCUCAAGAAGUUCAAAAUCAACGAGCUUGGUGCUUUAAAGCUCGAUAAAGACGUUUCUUUCAUUAUCAACGAAGUCUGCGAGGAUGACUACGAGCUCCGAGAGAAGUUUGUUCGUCUCACGCAGUUGGUGCUUCUUGUGGGAAUGGACGAGGAGGAAUACCAGCUCAAUUCUUUCUCUAAAAAUGACGAAGACGGUGAGGAUGAGGAGGAUGCCGGUAUCAACUGGGUUUUGACGCCGCUCGAGAGGAAACAGAUCCGUCGUUUCCGUGUCUGA